AUGGCCGUCAGCAAGGAGGCAGACGCCAGCGCCGAGCAUGGCCUCAGCGCAGACUCGUCGUCGGGCAAGGACGACGCCAUGGCCAUGGUGGGCGAGCAGCGGCACGCCAUUGAUCCUGCGGUCGCGGCGCGCGCCGUGAGGAAGAUUGACUGGUUCCUGAUUCCGGCCAUGAUUGUCGGGUACGGCUUCGUCUACUACGACAAGGCCAUCCUGGGCUCCGCCGUGCUCUUUGGCAUGACAAAGGACCUCGAGCUCGCCGUGGUCGACAAGUCGACGACGCCGCCGACGACGGACACGCGGCGCCUCAGCUGGGCCACGUCGCUCUUCUACUUUGGCAUGCUCGCCGGCCUCUACCCCAUGACCUUUGCGCUGCAGCGCUUCGACAUGGGCCGCAUCCUCGGCGUCGUCGUCAUCGUCUGGUCCGCCAUCUGCAUGCUCACCGCGGCCGUGACGUCGUGGCAGGGCCUGUUCGCGCAGCGCUUCUUCCUCGGCUUCGUCGAGAGCAUCAUCCCCACGGGCUUCAUGUGCAUCGUCUCGGGCUACUACACCCAGUCGGAGCAGUCGCUGCGCCAGAGCUGGUGGUUCAGCAGCACGGGCCUCUUCACCAUCAUCGGCGGCGCCCUCAACUACGGCUUCGCCCAGAUCAAGGGCGGCGGCCUCAAGCCCUGGCAGUACAUCUACCUGCUCGCCGGCUCCCUGACCUUUCUGUUCGGCUGCUUCUGCUUCGCCGUCCCCAACUCCCCCGUGUCGGCCUGGUUCCUGACCAAGGAGGAGCGCUUCGCCGCCGUGGAGAGGCUGCGCCACGGGCAGACGGGCGUGCGCUGCACCAAGCUCAAGGCGUCGCAGCUCAGGGAGGCCGCCCUCGACGUCAAGGUGUGGCUCGUCGCGCUCAUGAUGGCGAGCGCGUACACGGUCAACGGCGCCGUGAGCGGCUUCGGCCCCCUCAUCGUCUCGACGUUUGGCUGGAGCACGCUCGCGUCGAUCCUCUUCCAGUUCCCGCUCGGCGGGCUGUGCUUCAUCGUCAUCCUGGUCACGGGCUACCUGGGGUCCAAGUUCAACAACAUCCGCAUCUUUAUGCUCAUCUUCACCUGCCUGCCCGUCAUUGCAGGCUGCGCCAUCAUCUGGAAGAGCGAGUGGACCUACCAUGCCGCCGCGCCCGUCGUCGGCUACUCCAUCACCGGCUUCUUUGGCGGCACGGUCAGCCUCAUCAUCACCAUCGGCAUGUCCAACGUGGCCGGGCACACCAAGAAGAGCUUCAUGGCGGCGACCAUCUUCGUGGCCUACUGCGUCGGCAACAUUGUCGGGCCACAACUGAUUUUCUCGCAGACCAAGGACCGGCACUAUCCCGCGCUAUGGCUCGGCCUUAUCAUCUGCUACGUCAUCUGCAUCGCGUCCGCCACCGCGCUGUACUUUGUGCUGCGGAGCGCCAACAAGCAGAAAAUGGCUCUCCCAGAGGACGAGUCCGAGCGGGCAAAGCUGGCGUUUCAGGAUCUGACCGACAAGGAGAACCCCUACUUUCGGUACGUGUACUGA